AACCUGUCAAACGAUUCAGCCAGUGCUGCCAACCAACAAACAAUAAGAUGUUGAACUAGAAUUAAUUGCGUUAAAAUUUAUCAAAAUCAAUUAUUAUUUAACGAGACUACUUUUUGAUAUCACAAACAAAACUGUGACAUUUUUGCAAAAAAUAAACAAAGACAAAAAAUCGUCAUCUUCGACUUCAAACGACUAUUGACGACCUAACCUCACUUUUCAACAACAACAACAAAAGUAAUGAUGCUACUAUUCUAUCAUGCAAACACUGACCCACGACCACCCAUAUGUUAAAAUUGUCCCGAAGGCUCUAGUCUUUCAAGACCACAGCUACUGCCGACAGCCACACUUGGAAGCUGUUAUUAGAAACCACCCAAGACUCCUUCGGUACAACAAAUCCUUACCCCAAACGUACACCUGCUCGGACAAACUUGCAAGCUACGCUUGCAUCAAGUGCAAAUUUAAAACAGAUUACAUUAUGUUACUUAAGCAGCACAUUUGGAACAUGCACAACUUGAGCCCCCUUGAUAAAAAAAAACAAACUUCAAGCAACAAUGUGCAGUUCGAAGUCCGAAUUUUUUGGUAUUAUUGUAAACAGUGCAGUUAUAAGACUAUUAACGUCAAAUCGCUACGGUCCCAUCAGGCUGUCAAACAUCCAUGGAACAAAAAGAGUGUUCUACCUACUAGACAUACAAUAAAAUUGACACCAUCUAUACACGUGUUAAAAUGUAACUAUUGUAACUACACGUGUACGCAAAUGCAGAUGUUACAACUUCACAAAGACAAAGAACACGUAGCAAACGGAAAAGCGCGUUUGCGACAGUGCUUAAGGUGUGUACAGUGUUCGUUCAAGACUUUUGAUAACCAGUGUAUGAGAUUUCAUAUUGAAGAUCAGCAUCCAUGACAGAGCGCAAUUCUGUACUUAAUACAACCAGAAAAUAAACUAUGUAGGUAUUUUUGCAAAAACGUUUAAUUCAAUUCAGGUACU